CUCCAAACAAUUCCUCCCUCCCUUUCCCCCCUCUCGCUCUCGCUCUCGCCGCCAUGGAAGCACCGCACCCUCAUCCGCCAAUGGACGUCCUUGAGCCCGCGCCGCCGUCCCCCCUCUUCUCCGACAUUUCCCCACACUUCCCACUGUCCAUUCCUGACGCCGGCGCCGGCGCGCUGGACCUCUCCUUCACCUCCACCGCCUCGGCCUCCACCUCCUCCUUCACCACCGCCACCACCUUCAGCGCGCGGAGCUCGCUCUCCCUGCCGUCCUUCUCCUCCUCCACCUCGCUCUCGCCGCGUCCGCACUCGUCCUCCACCUCCCCGCACUGGACGCACCUCGCCGCCGCCCGCGCCGCCACCGCCGACGGCGUCCUCCGCCUCGCGCACCUCCACCUCGUCCGCGAGCUCGGCCACGGACACCUCGCACGGGUCUUCCUCUGCCGCCUCAAGUCCUCGCCGCCGGCAUCCCCGCUCUUUGCGCUCAAGGUCGUCGACCUCCGGGACGACGAUCCCUCCCGCGUCUGCCACGUCCUCGCCGAGUCCCGCGUCCUCUCCUCGCUCGACCACCCAUUCGUGCCCACCCUCUACGCGCGCCUCGACGCCGGACGCUACGCUUGCUUCCUCAUGGACUACUGCUCCGGGGGCGACCUGCACUCGGUGCUCCGCCGCCGCCCCGGAGGCCGCCUGCCCGUCGCAGCGGCCAGGUUCUACGCCGCCGAGGUGUUGCUCGCUCUAGAGUACCUCCACGUGCUCGGCUUCGUGUACCGCGACCUCAAGCCGGAGAACGUGUUGCUCCGAGGGGACGGCCACGUCGUGCUCUCGGACUUCGACCUCGCGCUCCCGGCGUCCGUGGAGCCCGCCGUCCGCCGCCGCCAGGUGCGGCAACAGGGCCGGCGCCGCAAGCGGAGCCUCCUACCGUCGUGCUUCUCCUCCAACGGCGACAGCGACGAGGACGACGUGGACGCCAAGGAGCGGUUCGAGUUCGUGGCCGAGCCGACGGCCGCCAACUCCAAGGACUGCGUGGGCACGCACGAGUACCUGGCGCCGGAGCUGGUGAGCGGGAACGGGCACGGCAACGGCGUGGACUGGUGGGCAUUCGGUGUCUUCCUCUACGAGCUGGUGUACGGGCGCACGCCGUUCAAGGGCCCCGCCAAGGACGUGACGCUCAAGAACAUCCUGUCGAAGCAGGUGACGUACCCGAAGCUGGACGGCGAGGCCGAGGCGGCCGCGCAGCUCAAGGACCUCGUCGGCAGGCUGCUGGAGAGGGACCCGCGGCGGCGCAUGGGCGCCGCGCGCGGGGCCGCCGAGAUCAAGCGGCACCCGUUCUUCGCGGGCGUGGACUGGGCGCUCAUACGGUGCGUGACGCCGCCGGUGGUGCCGGAGGCCGACGCCGCCGCGUCCCCCGCCUCCGCCGCCAACGCCAGGCAGGCGAAGCUCGGGAGCUGGAACAGCCUGGGCGGCGGCAGCAGCUUCGGGAGGAGGUCGAGCUGCGAGGAACGGCAGGGGGUGUUCCGCAAGCUGAUGAGUUGGAACCAGGAGAGCCGAUCCAAGAAGACCAAGACGAGCAGGAUGAAGCCAUGAAUCUGUUCAUGUGAUUUUUGAUGCGUGUGUUCGUUUUAAUCUGGUUAUUAUUAGGGUUCGUGGCGUGUAUAGACUGUAGAGUGGAGCGGAUCGUGAACUCGUGAUCGAUCGACGAGGCUGUGAGGAGGAGGAGGAGGAAGAGCUUUGUAGUUUGUGUACAAAGAUCGAGGCGAUGUGUGUCACUGCGUUGACAUGGUUUGGUCCGUGUGCUCGUAUAUGGAGAAACUUCAUCCCUUGUUCACUGAGAA